UCCUCGUUAAACCCUUUUUCUUUCCAUCACGAAACGAAGAGCCUUCGUCCCCAAACCCAACCCUCCUCCAAAACCACUUCAACAAAAGAGCCUUCACAGUUCACACAGUCUCGUCCAAAAAUGGUGAACCAAAGACAGAGACUAGCUCGCAAGAGGUACAAAGAAGCAAACCCUGAACUGUUCCCUAAGCCAGAGCCAACGCCCCCCAAAGACCCAGACAGGAAGAAGAAGAAAACGAAGAGCAAGUUCAAGCGCAAAAAGGCAGAAUCCAAAGCACCCAAUGACCCAAGCAAACCAAUUAGAAAGGGGUUUAAUAAACACCCACUUAGAGUCCCUGGGAUGAAGCCUGGUGAGAGCUGUUUUAUUUGCAAAGCCAAAGACCAUAUUGCUAAGCUUUGCCCUGAGAAAGCUCAAUGGGAAAGGAACAAGAUAUGUUUUCUUUGUCGGCAACGAGGGCAUAGUCUCAAGAAUUGCCCUAACAACGAUGAUGAGACAGUGGAUAAGAAGUUUUGCUAUAAUUGUGGGGAAACUGGGCAUUCCAUUGCUAUGUGCCGCCAACCUAUUCAAGAUGGAGGUACUAAAUUUGCCGAUUGCUUCAUAUGUAAUGAACGCGGACAUUUGAGCAAGAAUUGUCCUCAAAAUACUCAUGGAAUCUAUCCGAAGGGUGGUGGUUGUAAAAUAUGUGGUGGAAUAACACACUUGGCGAAAGAUUGUCCUAACCAAGGCAAUAAAGCUGCUAGGGGAGCAGGUAACACAUCGAUUGGUAAUGAAGAAAGGCCAAGAGGAAAGGUGACCAAAUUUGUUAGCGGCGACGAUCUUGAGGAUGAUUUCUCGACUGAUGACACACAUAGUGCUAACAAAGAUAAGCCCUCUGAGUCAAAAGUUGGUUCUGCAUCUGAUUCAAAAGAAAGUUAUGUAAAACCAAAGAAGAAACAGGGGCCCAAAAUUGUGAAUUUUUCGGCCAUUGAAGCAUUGAAAAUUCUCAGCCUUUGUUUUCUCCCUCAAAUUUCUCUUCCUCCCCGCUUUUUUCUCAUCUCUUAUUGUCUCCCCCCUAAAAUAAGGAUCUCUCUUCUCUCCCUCUGCUCUACUCUCUCCCAUUUCUCUCUUUCUUUCUCCUCUUUCUUCUUCGUUUUUGAUAAGACUUUCAGUCUCUUAUUGGUGCCCAACAUGGCGAAUGCAGCGUCUGGAAUGGCUGUGAGUGAUGAAUGCAAACUCAAGUUCUUGGAACUAAAAACAAAGAGGAACUACCGGUUCAUUAUCUUCAAGAUUGAGAAUCAGGAAGUGGUGGUGGAGAAGGCCGGGAGCCCGGAUGAAACCUACGAGGACUUCACCGCAUCUAUUCCUGCUGAUGAGUGCCGCUACGCUGUCUUUGAUUUUGAUUUCAUCACUGAAGAGAACUGCCAGAAAAGCAAGAUUUUUUUCAUUGCAUGGUCGCCGGAUACAUCAAGAGUGAGAAGUAAGAUGGUGUAUGCCAGCUCAAAGGAUAGAUUCAAGAGGGAACUGGAUGGCAUUCAGGUGGAGUUGCAAGCAACAGAUCCAAGUGAAAUGAGCCUUGACAUUGUAAAAGGGCGAGCACUUUAAAUUAAUAUUGUCAUUUUUUUCCCUUUUGAUCUUCAGCCCUUCCUAACAACUACAUUUCAUGAUCACUACUGUCAAUUUUUUUCCCCUUUUUUGUUGUAUGGGUUUUAUACUAAACCUGUAGUCUAUAUCAUACUAUGAAUUCAUCUGUUAUGAUUAAUGCUUUUUAG